AUGCCGAUGAGGGGUGUUCAACGCUUUGGAGUAUCUGGCAAGCUUAGACCUCGUUAUGUGGGACCGUUCGAGAUACUAGAGCGAGUCAGAUCGUUGGCUUACCGAUUGGCUUUAAGCCCUCAGCCAGCUCAUGUGCACGAUGUCUUUCAUGUUUCUAUGCUUCGCAAGUAUGUGGCAGAUCCCAGUCAUGUUAUCAAUUAUCACCCGCUCGUAGUGCAAGAGGACGCGUCAUACACUGAGUUGCUAGCUAGUAUUGUGGAUCAAAAAGAAAAAAUGCCUCACAAUCGUACAAUUCCCUAUGUAAAGAUUCAGUGGCAACGACAUACCCUUGAGGAGGCUACUUGGGAGCUAGAGGAGGAUAUUAGGCGACUUCACUCUCACUUAUUUGCUUAG